AUGAUCCGGACCAGCUGGCUCCCUGUAUUGCACCAUACUCCCCCACACCCGUGCAAACCCCAGAUUCGGCUUCCUGCCAUAGAAGGCCUCGUGGGGAGUCAUAUCUGCCCGAAGUCCCUUGGUAGGGCAGCAGGGCGCACGGGGCGCACAGGGCAGCAGGGCAGCAGGGCGCGCGGGGCGCAGCAGGGCUGCAGGGCGCGCGGGGCGCACAGGGCAGCAGGGCGCACAGGGCUGCAGUGCGCGGGGCGCGCAGGGCUGCAGGGCGCGCAGGGCUGCAGGGCGCGCGGGGCGCACAGGGCAGCAGGGCGCGCGGGGCGCAGCAGGGCUGCAGGGCGCGUGGGGCGCACAGGGCAGCAGGGCAGCUGGGCGCACAGGGCUGCAGGGCAGCAGGGCGCGCGGGGCGCACAGGGCUGCAGAUCCUCUCCCCCCAACUGCUGCACCCGCAGCAGGAGGAUGGAGGAGAAGGGAGGGGAGGGGGGGGGGGGGGCGGAGGGGGCUGGUGCUGCAGAUCCCCUCCCCCCCACUGCUGCACCCGCAGCAGGGGGAUGGAGGAGAAGGGAGGGGGGGGCGGGGGGGGGGGGGGGGGGGGGGCUGGUGCUGCAGAUCCCCUCCCCCCCCACUGCUGCACCCGCAGCAGGGGGGAUGGAGGAGAAGGGGGGGGGGGGGGGGGGGCGGGGGGGGGCUGGUGCUGCAGAUCCCCUCCUGCCACCCACUGAACCUCCAAGCUCCCCCAUACUCUCCCCCCACAGCAGCAGGCGCAGCCGUGAGAGGGAAGGAGGCGUGGCAGCAGCAGAUCCCCUCCCCCCCACUGCUGCACUCGCAGCAGAGGGAUGGAGGAGAAAGGGGGGGGGGAGGGGGGCCUGGGACGAAGGAGAAGGGGGGGGACGGGGGGGGUUGGUGCUGCAGAUCCCCUCCCCCCCACUGCUGCACCCGUAG